CAAAAAAUACAUUGCUAGAAAGGUGUGGCAAAGUUCGCUGUUCGAGCCAACCAGCGCCACAAACACGGCGGCGAUGAAGGUGCUCCGCCUCUACUAUUACAGUCUCCUCAAACCCUCCGCCACCGCCGCCUCACAUCGUCAUUUCGCCACCAAAUACACCGCCAAAAUCACUUCUUCUUCGCCCACCGGACGCUCCGUUUACGUCGAAGUCACUCCGCCAGCUCCUCUUCCCAUCGACCCCCGCGGCUACUCUCUUCCUCGUCGAGAUCUCAUCUGCCGAGCCAUUCAGAUACUCCUCGAUCGCAAACCCCAUUCCUCUUCAUCCACAGUUGAUGAUCGCUUCUCCGAUUUAUCCUCCUACUUUCAAUCUCUCUCCGUCUCUCUAACACCUGCCGAAGCCUCUGAAAUUCUCAGAGCCCUAAACCCCGAUCUCGCUCUGCAAUUCUUCCAGCUUUGCCCUUCCCUUUGCCCUAAGUUUCGACACGAUGUCUUCACUUACAGCCGCAUCCUUCUCAUACUCUCCCAUUCGUCUUCCCCGAAACGGUUCGAUCAAGUUCGCGAGAUUCUGUCGCAGAUGGAAAGAGACCAAAUACGUGGUACGAUUUCUACCGUUAAUAUCUUGAUUGGAAUUUUUGGUCGCAAAGAGGACUUGGAAUUAUGUUUAGGUUUGAUCAAGAAAUGGGACUUGAGGCUCAAUGCUUACACCUAUCGGUGUCUGCUUCAAGCUCAUGUAAGGUCCCAUGAUUCAGAUGGGGCUUUCAAUGUGUAUAUGGAAAUGCGGAAUCGAGGGUUUAAGUUGGAUAUCUUUGCCUACAACAUGCUGCUGGAUGCUCUGGCUAAGGAUGAACAGCUUGAUCGAGCUUACAAAGUUUUUAAGGAUAUGAAAUUGAAGCACUGUAAUCCUGAUGUGUAUACAUAUACUAUUAUGAUUAGAAUGACUGGAAAAAGGGGUAGAACUGAAGAAUCGUUGGCAUUCUUUGAAGAAAUGCUAAAAAAUGGCUUUACUCCAAAUUUGAUUGUAUAUAAUACAAUGAUUGAGGCACUUUCUAAGAGUAGAAUGGUUGACAAGGCAAUUCUUCUCUUUUCCAAUAUGAUCAAGAACAAUUGUAGGCCUAAUGAGUUUACCUACAGUGUGAUUUUGAAUGUUUUGGUUGCUGAAGGACAGUGUGGUAGAUUGGAUGAAGUUCUGGAAAUGUCCAAUAAAUUUAUGAACAAAUCGAUAUAUGCAUAUCUCGUUAGGACUCUAAGCAAACUAGGCCAUGCGAAUGAAGCUCAUCGUCUUUUUUGCAACAUGUGGAGCUUUCAUGAUAGAGGAGAUAGAGAUGCUUAUAUUUCCAUGUUGGAGAGCUUAUGCAGUGCGGGUAAAACUGUAGAAGCUAUCGAUCUGCUCGGUAAGGUUCACGAGAAGGGAAUUAGUUCCGAUACUAUGAUGUAUAACAUGGUGUUAUCUACUUUGGGGAAGUUAAAGCAAGUAAGUCAUCUUCAUGAUCUUUAUGAGAAGAUGAAACAAGAUGGGCCAUUGCCCGAUGUAUUCACGUAUAAUAUUCUUAUAUCGAGCUUUGGACGUGUUGGUAAAGUUGAGGAGGCUGUGCAAGUUUUUGAAGAACUUGAGAAUAGUAGUUGUAAACCAGAUAUUAUAUCCUACAAUUCUUUGAUCAAUUGCCUUGGGAAAAAUGGGGAUGUUGAUGAAGCACACAUGAGGUUUCUAGAGAUGCGAGAGAAGGGACUGACUCCCGAUGUUGUAACGUACAGCACGCUCAUUGAAUGUUUUGGGAAAACAGAUAAAGUCGAGAUGGCUCGCAGCUUGUUCGAUAAAAUGAUAGCUCAAGGAUGCUGUCCAAAUAUCGUAACGUACAACAUACUACUUGACUGUCUUGAAAGAACAGGGAGAACUGCUGAAGCAGUUGAUCUGUAUGCAGAGCUUAAACAGCGGGGACUAACACCAGAUUCGAUUACAUACGCUGUUCUUGACAGAUUACAAAGUGGCUCGACUAAGAAAUUUAGAGUCCGGAGGCAAAAUCCGAUCACCGGUUGGGUCGUUAGUCCUUUAAGAGCUUGAAGUGGUCUGGCGAUGAAAAUAUUGAUGUUCAUACGUUAAGCAGUGCGAAGAAGGAUGAACGUCGUCGCCAUGGCAUGCAUAAUGUAAAUGAAGCCUGACUCGACGAAUCCUCCUGCUGCUGAACUUGAAAUCCUGAGACAAUAAUAUCUGGUCACAGAAAUUUUGUAACAAGGAAUCUAAAGGGGGCCGUUUCAACAGGUGGGAAUUCUUCAAGUGAGUUCCUUUGAGUUUCUUCCAAGAAGUUCAUGUUUUAUUUGCCAAAUUUAUGAUAGGUCAUCAGUCUUGGCUACCAUCGCCGAUGGCAGCUAAAGGAUCCUCUAGCAUAGUCAACACUGCUCACUCAACCCGUGUUCGAGAGUUUCAUCAAACCCUAUUAUCGAUAUGUACAACACAUUCUUCAGUCAUUAUGGGUUAGUUUGAAUCAACUUUCAAAUGUUCGUAUUUGUUUGAAAAAACAAUAUUAUUUUUAAUAAGAUUCAUAAGGUUUGAGUUCGAGUUCUA